AUGGCGAACUCCUCCCUUGACGAGACUGUCAAGAAGUAUCCAAUUGAAUAUAAUUUCCUUCAGCCAAUAUUGGGUCGCCUUCAGCACGCCGAGCAAGCGUACAGGCCUGGCGGGCCAGGAAAUGAAGAUUGUCGAAUGGGUGUUCUAAAGUUGCUUUAUAUUUUACAAGGGCAGGAUGCAGCAUUCAAUCUUCACUUGAAAACAAGUGACCAAAGCGUGGCGUCCAAAUUGGCUGGCUUAUUUCGGCACGUUGAAGCUAACUUCAACUACAAUCAUUAUCGCCCACUUGUCCGACUCAUCCUUGAGAAAGCACCUGAUACAGAUAUCUGGAAAGCAGUCCUUGAUCUUAUCAACACUGUCUCUCAUGAAACCCCCCUGUCAAGCAUUCCCUUCUUGUUUGAUGCUACACCAAAAGGACCUGAGCAGACAUGUCUGCUGAUAAAAGAGAGAAUAUUUGAAGAGACUUAUAAGUGUAUCUUUCAAGACAUAAAGAGCUUCUUCAUCAAAUAUUUUGAAGAAAAGAAUUGGAGCACCAGAGUGAAUGCUAUCUGUUAA